AUGGAUGAAAAAGAUAAAUAUGCAAACCAUAUAAGGAAAAAAAUUAUAAAAUUUUUUAACCUGAAAAAUGAAGAACUAGAUUUGAGUUAUAUUAAAUCGAUUCUCAACUGUAAGUCGUAUGACCUGUAUGGAUCCAUCUACCUCCUGAAUGAAUCUUUUUACGAAAAUGGAAGAAAUGAAAAGUGCUCCCUCAGCACUGUGCAGAAGUUUACCCAAGAAUUGGUAGACGACAAGAAGAGGUUCAUACUCUCCAGUGAGGACGACUCCGUUGGUGGGGCAACACAGGGGGGUAGCUCAUAUGGGCAGACUACCAACCAUGGCGUGGUUCCAGGUGAUGGGAUACCCCGCAAUUGUGUGGAAGGGAAAACCAUCAACAGCUACUUCGAGGAGGUUUUUAAGAGGGAGGAUGUGCCCCCCAGUAGGAAAGGAACAAGUGGGGGGGUGCCCCAUGAGGAUAAACAUGGGAAGGUCCUCCCUAAUAGGAGUGCUCUUGGGAAGGUAAAAAGGGUAGGACAAAUGGAAGGAAAUCAAAAUAAGGAUAAACCGAGGCGAAGCGCCAACGAUGCCACCACCCAUGGUGGAGAGCACCCCCUGGAUGUGGCUGUGAGGCUUGCAAACGAGACAGAACCAAAGAAAGCGCCUGCAAAAGUGAACAAAGAGAAGAGCACCAAACGGGGGGGUCACUCCCCGGGUGGUGAUAAGCCAAAUGGGGUAGCCCCCCAAAAAGGAGAGGCAAAAGAAACACAAGGGAAGGAAGCCCAACCGAGGGGCGCAGCCAAAUUGGAAGCGGUGGAGCAUGGGCGUAAAGACAGCCGCACCCAGUUGGAGGAAGACCAAACGAAGUCCCAGACGAACUCGAAGGGGAAGGCCGAGAGUGACUACUUCGCGUUCUUCAACAUGAAGGAAAACUCCUACUCGUUGAAGACGGUUAUAAAUUUCAUCGAAAGUGACCAAGCGAAAGGGGGCGAGCAGAAAGAGCAAGCUAAAGAGGAAAAGAAAAAAAAAAAGCACACACAGAUUUGCAUCUGCAGUGGGAGGAGCCACCAGAUAUACGCCAACUGUUUAUUCUGCGGAAAGGUUUACUGCACGAAGAUAAAAUAUAGGCAGUGCCUGUUUUGUGGGAACCCCCUGUACGAUUCGUCUCUCAUUAACAGUCUGUUUACCCCCACAGAGGAUGGCGAAAACGCUCACAAGAAAAUCCUUGCAACGAUGAAAAGCUCCAACCCCUUUCUCUACAAAAAUUAUUUCGACCCCAGUAACGCCUUCCUCAAGAAAGCCUUCCACCUGAGGGACAAAAUGCUCAGGAAUUCCACCAACGAGGAGCACACAAAAAUAAUAGACGAUAGCAUUGACUGGUUCGAGGACGACAUCAAAAAGGAGUUUAACAACCCAGAUGUUCAUUUUUCCAAUUACGAUGAUGAGAUAAAAAAUGAAAUAAUCGACAAGUACUACGAAAUUUUUGGGAAGAAGUUUGGCGACGUAAACAUCGACAUCGACCUGGUGAAGAUGAAAAUCACGGAGAACAAAGACCACGCGAAAAUCCAGCAGUUCAAUGAGUACCUGAACGAGCGCGAAAGUGACUACCGGAAUGAGUUGGCAGUGAAGAAGGCGAAUGAACUGCACGCGAGCAACGUCCACAAUUACUUGGCCAAUAAAGAAAGGAAAAACUUAAAUUACAUAAAAGAUUUGCGCAAGCUAUUUUUUAGGGACUCCUCUCGGAAGGGAGACGUUCCAGGGGGGGCCGCCUCUACCGAGGGGAUUGCCUCUACAGAGGGGAUUGCCUCAGACGGUAUAGCCCCGCCUACAGAGCAGCAGAAAAGGACAAUUGUACAAAUGAGGAGGGCAAGUCAGAAAUAUAAAUGUCAUGUGCUUGGCGAAAGUGACGAGGAGUACGAACACGUGGCGUGA